AUGGCGUUAGAAUGGGUGGUGCUCGGGUACGCCGCCGCCGCAGAAGCGAUAAUGGUGCUUCUUCUCACCAUCCCCGGCCUCGACGCUCUCCGUAAAGGUCUAGUCGCUGUCACCAAGAACCUUCUGAAACCGUUUCUCUCGGUGGUUCCGUUUUGCCUCUUUCUUCUCAUGGACAUUUACUGGAAGUACGAAACAAGGCCAAGCUGUGAAGCCGAUUCUUGCACUCCGACGGAGCAUCUCCGUCAUCAGAAAUCGAUUAUGAAGAGUCAGCGUAACGCGCUUCUCAUCGCCGCCGCGCUUUUGUUCUACUGGCUUCUGUAUUCCGUUACACAUCUCGUUGUUAAGAUCGAUCUUCUCAACCAGCGUCUCGAGCGUCUCAAGAGGACUGAAUGA